AUGCGAUUCUCGUACAAGUCGCUGACCCCUCUAGACCCAUCACUUGCUCUCACAGAAGCCCAGUCCAUAAGCGAUAGGGUCACCAAGUCCACAGAUCUUCAGCUGGAGAACAUGAAGCUGCGGGAUAUGCUGAAAGAAACCCAGACUGAACUAGAAUCGUGUAAGUCUAGCGAAUUUCAGUUGAAAAAGGCUCAGUCACGCAUAGCAGAGAUGGAGGAAACGGCUAAACGAGACCUUCAGGACUCAGUCGCCGCUAACUUGGAAAGGCUGCAGGAGGAUUUUGAUAAGCGGCAAACUGAAAUGUCAACUCUUCUUACUGAGGCAAAUGAUCGGCUUAGCACCUCAGAGGCCAGAACACGCACGUUAGCCGAAGCUUUGCAGUCGGCUCAGUCGCAACUGUUUGAAUUCCAAACUCGUUAUGAGGAGCUGCAGACGGCUAAAUCAAAGGAGGUAGAACUGCUUUUGGGCGACUUGGAAAAAGCCAAUGAGGUGAUUUCUCUCCUCUUACAUGUUCAGAUUUUCUUUAAGAUUUUUCAGCAUUGCUUUGUCUGA